AUGGACGGACGGACGGACGGACAGACGGACGGACAGUUCCACAUGGGGAAGGGAGGGAGUCUGGACGAUGGGUACGAGUACAGUACGGACCGCCCACAUGCUAGCCGCGGGGGAGCUUUUGGGGCAGGUGGCAACUGGUGUGUGACUGACUGCAAGGUCUUUUCAGGGAUUAGAGAACGGGCCAAGCUGCACCAUGUGCUCCUGGAGGAGGACCCUCUACCAGUCCAGCCAGGCCGGUCAGUCCACAGCGGUCAGCGGGGGAGUAUCAGACCAGCAGCCAAGCUGGAGGGAGCCGGAGGGGAGCUGGAGCCGCAGCAGAGGCCCUCAGGGGCCGAGGGCCCGGGCUUCAUGUUGAGAUAUAGAGGCUAUGGUACCGCUGCUACAGAUGCUGAUGGCACCACUACGGAGCAGGUGGAUCCUAGAGAGCAGCAGGAGGAGGAUGAUGUCAUCUCAGACGGACACACGCACAACGGGGUGACUCUGAGGAGACCCAAUGCGCUGGAGUUGCAGAAAGUGACUGACGGAGAGGAGGGGGAGAGAGAUGGAGAGAUGGACUCUACCUCUGCAGGGGAGGAGGACUUCAAGACUUCAGACGAGGGCUUCAUGGGCAUGACACCUCUACUACAGGCCCACCACGCCAUGGAGAAGAUGGAGGAGUUUGUUCACAAGGUGUGGGAAGGCCGGUGGCGGGUCAUCCCUCAUGACGUGCUGCCUGAGUGGCUGAAGGAUAACGAGUAUCUCCGCCACGGGCACCGGCCGCCCAUGCCCUCCUUCAGGGCCUGCUUCAAGAGCAUCUUCAGGAUCCACACUGAGACGGGCAACAUCUGGACUCACCUGCUGGGUAAGAGAGUGGUCAGGGCGGGGGGGGGGGACACAAUCACUAACACACACCAAGCUAGCAUUUAAAUUGAAAUAUAUUUUUCAAACAAAGCUAGCAAAUUAAUGUCUUUUGAUGGUGACAUUUACUUUGGUUUGAGUGACUUAACAGCUAAUUAGAUCACACUACACCCUUAA